GGGUUUAAUGACAUAAAAAAAUAUUUAUUGAUUAUCCUAAUGUCAUAAUUUGAAUUUCUUGAUUGGUGGAAAAUGCCCCCCAACCCCGUCGCCAUAAGGUGGUCUCCUCCAUGUGAGUCCAGUCCAGGUGGAAGCGUCGUCUUUAGUCAAAAAGGCAAAGCAACUCGGGGAAAGCUCCGAGACGUCGUCAUGUUGCCGACUUUCUUGAUGCUAACCCUCGCCGCCGUCGUCGUGGCGGCGACAGGAAGCGACAACGAAACCACGGCGGCCCGAGAAGGCCACGUCAACAUCGCCCGGGGAAAACUGCUGGCUCCCAGCGUGGUUGGAUGAGGCAUCAAGAAAAUGCCCGAGCUGCAUCACUUCCUGUUGGAGCGCUGGGCUUUGUAUCACAACCUGGAGUACGAUUCCUCGGAGGAAGUGGACCCUCGACUCAUUUUUUAUGAUGACAAGGACGAGGUUGUGAAGACUGUCAGUGUGAAAGGCAUGAAGGCGAUGGAGAUCGCCGCCCUGCUGGACUCACUGGGCUUCUACAAGCGGUCACAGAAAGGCGAAGUCGUGCCGGAGGAGUUCCAGGACUUCCCCUUGCGCGCACCCCGCGAUGAGCUGUGACGCCCCCCCCGGCGGUCGAACGCUGCCCCCUACGUCCCGCGCACGCCAUUGAUGACGAGCGGAGCCUCAAGGUGUUUCAAAAAACAAAUCCCGGCUCCGUUCUGACGGCUCGCUGGGCCCGACGUAGUGUGCAUCCGUCGUACGCUUCUUCCUUCGCAUGCAAAAUGCAAUAAAAUCAAAAUCAAAAA